AUUCAUUCAUAAGUCAGCAUGGAUCCAAAAAUUCUUAAAGAUGAUAGGUUUUCUCACAUAUAUAACAAUCCAAAAUUCAAGAGGAUGUCAGUUAAGGCUAAUAAAAUUAAGAUUGAUAAACGAUUCAAGGGCAUGUUCACAGAUGAAAAGUUUAAAAUAAAAGGCACAAUGGACAAGAGGGGGAGAGAUGUUAACCUAACAUCGAACGAAGACAUGAAAAGGUAUUACAAAAUCGAUACAGAAUCAGAGACUGAUGAUGCAAUAGACAGUUCGGUUAAAUAUCCUAAAACAGAUAAUAAAGCAUUAAAAUUAAUUGAAUCGCCUGGAUCUCAUUCUACACAUGAUUCUCCAUCAGAAUCAGAAUCCACUCAAACGGAUAGUGAUGAUUCUCUAUCUGAAGAUUACAUUGAUCACAAAUGGGGAGAACUCGAUGCUGAUUGUCCAGAAAUUGGUGAGACAACUAACAGGUUAGCAGUUUGCAACAUGACUUGGGAAUUGAUUAAUGCGAAAGACCUAUUCCUGUUAUUCGAUUCGAUCAAGCCAGCUGGAGGGAUUGUCAAAAAUGUCACAAUAUACAGAUCGGAGUACGGCAAAAGGAUGAAGGCGGAAGAGGACGCUAAGGGACCUUUCGCGGUCAUGGAUCAGCUGUUUAAACCGGGUAAUGCGGCAAACAAGCCCGCGAAAAAGACGAGUAGCGAGGAUGACGAAAGCGAAGCGGAAAAUUUUGACAUCGAAAAAUUGAGGAGAUAUCAAAUAAACACCAUGAAAUACGCGUACGCCAUCGUGGAGUGCGACACUAUCGACACCGCGCAACAUAUAUACGACGAGUGCAACGGAUUAGAAUUCGAGAAAACAUCUAAUAUAAUAGAUCUCAGAUACGUCCCAGAGGAGACCACUUUCCACACUUCCGCCGAUAAUCCGGAAUCCGAUAUUCUUUCCCGAUUUGAUUGGCAAAUGUCCAUCAUCCCUUCGAUUCGAACAAACGAGUCACUCCCGUUGGUUCCUAACCCCUGCUUAAGCCAGACGAAUUUCGACUUAACCUGGGAUAACCAGGACCCAACACGUCAGUUGAUACUAAAUAAACAAUUGUCAUCGUUAUAUUCCACGGGAAAAGACGAAAUCAGGGUAGGCAAAAGCAAGAACAGCGGCAAACAGAAAAGGAAAGAAAAGGCCUUACUCUUGCAAAACCUUUUGGAGUUCGGUCCUGAGUCAGCUUCCGUUCCCGAUACGGCGGUAAACGAAUCGAAGGGGCGGAUGGAAUCCUGCGAUAAACUGAAAGAUCUGGGCAUGUUUCUGGCUCCCCCUUCGUCAAACUCCUCCGAAUCUGGGUACGAUUGCGAAGAAGAUGCAAUGACGAAGAUCACCGAGGCAAAUGAUAGCAAAGGCGACAGUUCCUCGGCGAAAGAUGUGUCAAAAAGAGAGGACAAAUACGCCAAAUACCGGCGAUUAUUGAAAGGAGUUUUGGGCGGGAAGGAAGGGGAAGAUUUGCCGGAUCGAUCAUCUCGCUCCUCCGCCAAAAAUGGAGAACUUUCGUCCAACGACGAAUUCGAUGACGAUUUUUUCGAGAACCGAAAAAAAAAUGGCGAGGAAAUCAUGGCCGAUGCCACGGAUAAAGUCAUGCAAAUCACCUGGGAGCCCGAACUCGAUGAUAUGGCCCAAGAUUUGGUGGACAAUAAAUUGCAGCAACAGAACCUAGGAAGUAUGGCUCCCUGGGAGAAAUAUUUGGCUAAGGAUAAGGCCAAAAAGAUGGCGAAGAAACAGAAGAAACUGCAGAAGUUUCGAAAUGCUAGUACAGAAGAUCGGGAAUAUUCGCUCUCUUCAGACGAUGACGAUAAUAUGCGUGCCAAUCAUUCGAAGGCCGAUUUAGAACUUCUAAUGAUGGACGACAAUCUCGUUGCUAAUUCUGCCAACAAGCGUUGCCCACCAAAAAAGCGCCAGAAUUCGACUAACGAAAGUUUAUCGCGUUUAGAUCCCAACCAAAAACAUAUUGCCGAACCUCAGAAGGUUUCCAGAAAAUUCGACAGGAAGAAAAAGAAAAGAAUUACAGACGCCGAAAUUCAGAAUGAUGAGGGAGAUGAUGAUGAGUUUGAGUGCGAUCAAAACGACGAUAGAUUCCUGGCUAUUCGUUCCAAUCCCAACUACGCUUUAGAUCCUUCGAAUCCCAAUUUCAAAUCCAAUAUUCCUAAAAAUUCGAAACAUAAAUCCAAAAGGCAAAGAAGAAGAAAUAAGAGCUGAAUUGAAGCCCAAUAAAAAAAAAAUUUUUCCCUUGAAUAUUUCUAUUUUUUUUUUGUGUGUAAAGAAGAAAAAAUAUUGUGUUUUUUUAUCUCGAUAAAAAACACGCACUUCUCGAAAUCUG